UAUNCAUUUCUAUUGAUAUUAUUUUUGCUAUCUACCAGUCAUAAAAUAUAAAUUAAUAUUAAAGGGUAUUUUAGUAGUACUAUAAAUAACAUUGGAUUAAACGAGUAAAAAUAUUUUAAAAUGGCACUUGGAAUAACAGACUAUAUAGUCUUUGGCUUAAUGCUUAUGAUAUCUUCGUCAAUUGGCAUAUAUUAUAGAUUUACAGGUGGUAAACAAAAGACCACUCAAGAAUACAUGUUAGGAAAUAAAAAUCAAAGUGCCAUACCUGUUGCAUUUUCUUUAAUGGCUAGUUUUAUGUCUGCUAUUUCAUUGUUUGGAUUAAGUGCUGAAAAUUAUAGUCGCGGUACUCAAUUUGCAGUUAUUAAUAUUGGCUAUUUAAUUGGAACUCCUAUAAUAGCAUACAUUUUUUUACCAGUAUUUUUUAAACUAGGAAAUUUAUCAGUUUAUGAAUAUUUAGAAAAACGAUUUGGAAGUUGGACUAGAAUUACUACAUCAUUAGCAUUUAGUUUACAAAUGAUACUUUACAUGGCAAUAGUACUGUAUGCUCCAGCUUUAGCAUUAGAAGCUGUUACAGGUCUUUCUCAAGAUACUUCUAUUUUAUUAGUUGGUUUAGUUUGUGUGUUCUAUUCAACAAUUGGAGGAAUUAAAGCUGUUAUUAUAACAGAUCUUUUUCAAGCAAUCCUUAUGUUUGCUUCUAUAUACGCUGUUAUUGGUGUUGCAAUUUAUGAAACCGGUGGUGUUUCUGAAAUUUGGGAAAUAGCUAGAAAAUAUGAUCGUAUAGAAUUUACUAACUUUAAUAUCGAUCCAACUGAAAGGCAUAGUUUUUUUAGUUUAGUACUUGGAGGAAUGUUUACUUAUGUAUCCCUCUAUGCAAUUAAUCAAACCCAAGUACAAAGAUAUCUUACUAUGAAAGAUUAUCGUACAGCAGUUAAAUCAUUAUGGUUAAGCGUUCCUAUUCUCUCAUUAUUAUCACUUUCCACGUGUUUAUCAGGGCUAGCUAUAUAUUCAAAAUAUUACAAUUGUGAUCCAAUCAAAGCGGGACGCAUUUCUAAAGAGGAUCAGUUGAUGACUUUAUAUGUGUUAGAUACUAUGGGUAAUAUUCCUGGAUUAACCGGAUUAUUUGUAGCAGGUAUAUUUUCUUCAGGCCUAAGUUCAGUCUCACCAGUACUCAAUUCUCUAGCUGCUGUUACAAUGGAAGAUUACAUAAAACCAUUAACAAGGACUGAAAUAUCAGAUAAAAAGAAAGUUUAUAGCAUGAAAUUGUUGGUUAUUCUUUAUGGUAGUAUAUGCAUUCUACUAGCUUUCUUAGCAAAAUAUUUUGGCUCGAUUCUACAAACUUCUCUAACUAUUUUUGGUGUUGUUGGAGGACCUGUUUUAGCUGUUUUUACUCUUGGAGUUCUUGUACCUUAUGUUAAUCAAAAAGGUUCAAUGAUGGGUCUCAUAACAGGUCUAAUAUUUUCUUUUGUUCUAGGAUUUGGUGGACCUAAACCUCCUACUAAAAAUUUACCUACAUACACAAAUUCUUGCUUAGUAUUAAAUAAUACUUUUUCAAGUAUAAAUGGCUCAUCUUUGUUUAUUAAUAAAGAGCCAGAAGAUGGUUACUUAUACUUGUAUCGUAUAAGUUACAUGUACUAUAUAGUAUUAGGAUUUGCUGCAACACUAUUAGUUGGUAUGAUAGUUAGUGCAAUAUUUCGUGAUCCCAAUAAUUUUAUCGAACCAGAAUUAUUUGCACCAUUUGUUGCUAAACAAUUAAGGAAACGUGGAAUGUUUUUCAAACAAGAUUCAGUAAAAAUGGAACUACGUCCCACAGAAAUUGCUUCUAAUAAUCAUCAAGUUAACUAAGAAAGCUAUUUUAGAAAUGUUAUUUUUACAAAGUAUUUGUAAAAUGUAAUUAUUUUUGUUGCUCUAAAUAUCAUAUUGGUAUAAAAAAUUUUUAUUUAUUUAUUUAUUAUGUAUAAUAUUGAAAUGUGUAAAAACAAUAAUAAAAAUAUAAUUUAUAUGAA